GCGGAGGCGGCGGCGGCGGCGGCAGGGCGGACACCCCGGGGACCCCCCUCCUCCUAACCGGACUCUGCCCAGAACUGCAGCUGAGGUGGAACUGAAAGGGCCAGAGAUGCAAGAAUUUGGGACACAUUUCUGAAGCUUUAAGCUGUGUCUGACAUUGAUCUCCUUUCGGUACUAAUAAAGAAGAAUGUUGCAACAGCUGCUUAGGAUGUAUUAACACCAAUCUAUUAAUAUACUAACUGGGACAAGGUACCGAAAACAAUUCUGCACAAUAAAGGACUUGGCGUGGAUGCAGUAAACACAUUCCGUACUCUCUCUAUUGAUAAUGUGCCUCAAUGGAGGAAAGUGGGGUUUUAAUAAACAUGCGAGAAGAUCAUUCUUUUCAUGUUCGUUACAGAAUGGAAGCUUCUUGUCUGGAGCUAGCCUUGGAAGGGGAGCGACUCUGUAAAGCAGGAGACUGCCGGGCCGGUGUUUCGUUCUUUGAGGCCGCAGUUCAAGUAGGAACCGAAGACCUAAAAACACUAAGUGCUAUUUAUAGCCAGUUGGGCAAUGCCUAUUUCUACUUGCACGACUAUGCCAAAGCUUUAGAGUAUCAUCAUCAUGACUUAACCCUUGCAAGGACGAUUGGAGACAAAUUAGGUGAAGCUAAAGCUAGUGGUAAUCUAGGAAACACUUUAAAAGUGCUUGGGAAUUUUGAUGAAGCUGUAGUUUGUUGUCAGAGACACCUCGACAUUUCCAGAGAGCUUAAUGACAAGGUUGGGGAAGCAAGAGCCCUUUAUAAUUUGGGGAAUGUAUACCACUCCAAAGGAAAAAGUCUUUGCUCUCUUGGAACUCAUGAUCCAGGAGAAUUUCCAGAAGAGGUGAAGAUGGCUUUGCAGAAAGCUGUGGAUUACUAUGAGGAAAAUCUGUCGUUAGUCACUGCAUUAGGAGACCGAGCAGCCCAGGGCAGAGCCUUUGGAAAUCUGGGAAACACUCAUUAUCUUCUGGGUAACUUUAAGGAUGCUGUUUUGUCUCACGAACAGAGGCUUCUUAUUGCAAAGGAGUUUGGAGAUAAAGCAGCUGAAAGAAGAGCAUAUAGCAACCUUGGAAAUGCAUUUGUGUUCCUUGGAGAAUUUGAAACUGCUGCGGAAUACUACAAGAAGACGCUACAACUGGCCAGACAACUUAAAGAUAGAGCCAUAGAAGCACAGUCUUGUUAUAGCCUUGGAAAUACGUACACUCUGCUUCAAGACUAUGAAAAAGCCAUUGAUUAUCAUCUGAAGCACCUAACAAUAGCUCAGGAGUUGAAUGAUAGGAUUGGUGAAGGGAGAGCCUGUUGGAGUUUAGGGAAUGCAUAUACAGCAUUAGGAAAUCAUGAUCAAGCUAUGCAUUUUGCCGAAAAACACCUGGAAAUUUCCAGAGAGAUCGGGGAUAAAAAUGGUGAGCUAACGGCCAGACUUAAUCUUUCCGAUCUGCAAAUGGUUCUUGGUUUGAGCUACAACACAGAUAGCUCAUUGAUGUCUGAAAAUCAUGAAACAGAUAACGACUUUCAUGGGGCCCGCCCCAAGGUGGGACGCCGCCACAGUAUGGAAAACAUGGAACUUAUGAAGUUGACCCCAGAAAAGGCUCAAAACUGGAACAGUGAAAUUCUUGCAAAGCAGAAACCUCUUCUUGUUAAACCUUCGGCGAAGCUGCUGUUUGUCAGCAGACUAAAGGGGAAGAAAUACAAGAAUAAUUCCUCCACCAAAGUUCUGCAGGAUUCCAGGAAUUCCAUGGACCAUCGACUGCCAAGCUCACACAGGGUACCGAUCCAGAACCAGCACCGACACGAUGACCAAGUCCUACAGAAAAUAAGUCCCGAUACAAUCGGAGACGAAGGGUUCUUUGACUUGUUAAGCCGAUUUCAAAGCAACAGGAUGGAUGAUCAGCGGUGUUGCUUACAGGAGAAGAACCGACUGAUAGGAACAGCAGCAACUUCCUCUACUCCCGCCAAAACAAUGCGAAAAUCUCGGUCGGCUUCUCUGCUGUCUCCGCACACGGAUGAGUUUUUGGACCUUCUAGCUAGCUCACAGAGCCGUCGCCUCGACGAUCAGAGAGCCAGUUUUAGCAACUUACCGGGGCUGCGUCUGAAUCAGCACAACAACCAGUCCGUUCUCAGUCACCUUAUGGCUAAUGACUGUAGGGAGCCCGAUGACGACUUCUUCGAUAUCCUCAUCAAAUGUCAGGGAUCCAGAUUAGAUGAUCAAAGAUGUGCUCCACCCCCUGCUGCUACCAAGGGGCCAACAGUCCCUGAUGAGGACUUCUUCAGCCUCAUUUUGCGGUCCCAGGCAAAGAGGAUGGAUGAACAGAGAGUUCUGUUACAGAGAGACCCCAACAGAGGGACAAAAGUUGAACUAAAGGGACUUUUGCAAGGCAGUGCCUUGUUGGAAUUUCAGAGUUCAGGACAAAAAUUGGGGGACCACUAGCACUGGGACUCUGGGCAGGGCAGAGUCUUGUUUUCUUCCAGUACAUUGAAGGGAAAGACAGUAGCUUUUCCCUAAAAGGAGAAUUUAUAGCACUGUAAUUCAGUUUAAAACAUUUUUUUUUAGAAUUUCUGUAAAUAUGUUCAUUGUUUUACCUCAUGAUAAUGAAGUAACAUUCAUUUGAGAUGGGGUGGUAGCUAGCGUUGUAGUUAUUGUUUGGGAUCGACUGAGUGUGUCAACUCCCAUCUGGAUAAAUCUUGAAGGUUUCAUCUUGCUGGAUUUUUUUUGAUCUUUGAUCUUAAUGGUACUUUUUUUAUACGUAGUUAGAUCUGUAGUGCAGAGGGUGGUGGUCAGCUAAUACAGUAGAUUACUGUACCUAAUUCAGACAAAAUGACUGAUCAGAAUUGUGACUUGUUCAAAGUGGUAUUUUUUCUAAUCUCAUUUUCUGUAUUCCUAAAGCCAUGGUUCACAAUGAACAUGAGGAAUAAAAAUCCUCCUAUACCACUG